CAGUACCUCGAGCUUUUGCUCGUCGUCGCUUGAGCGUGCGCGGCAACCGCCCUCCGCACUGCUGGGACCCUCGGGACGCUGGUAGACCUCCUCAGUAGGCCGCCAGCGAUACCACAGCGACGCGCCGGUCUUCCCCAGGCAGCGGCAAGAGGUACAGCCAGAGCUGCACCACAGGGGCAAACAAGGCGCGGCGCCGCGGCCGAGCAGCGAUAAAGCCGCCGCAAGACAGCAUUUAGAACCGCGCAGCCUUCGCGCUAAGCGCAGACGCAACUAUGGCUCAAAUGGCCACCAGCAGUACCGACGCCGUCGACGCGGUGCUGGAAAAACUCCUUAGCGUCCGCGGCGAGCGCCCGGGAAAACAGGUGGCGCUCGAGGACAACGAGAUCCGUAUGUUAUGCAUUAGGGCGAGGGAGGUCUUCAUGGCGCAGCCCAUCCUGCUCGAGCUCGAGGCGCCCAUCAAGAUUUGUGGCGAUCUGUGUGGAAAUCAACCAAAGUGUCGGGUGCACCCGACAAUUCUUCACUAAGUCACCUCGCGGCGAUGGCGCGGCUGUCCUGGCUCGGUCGAGCGGCGAGGAACCGGCAUCGCCACGCCAUCGAGCAGGCGUCGCGUCGAUGGCGUGGAGGACGACGCGGCGAUUCAGCACGAACGCGCCGUAAAAUUUUGAUUUCCACACAGGUGGCGAUGUCCACGGCCAAUACCAUGAUCUAUUGAGAUUAUUCGAGUACGGAGGCUUCCCGCCCGAAGCAAACUACCUCUUCCUGGGCGACUACGUAGACAGAGGCAAACAAUCCCUCGAGACGAUCUGCUUGCUACUAGCUGUGUGGAAAUCAAAAUUUUACGGCGCGUUCGUGCUGAAUCAUCGCGUCGUCCUCAACGCCAUCGACGCGGCGCCUGCUCGAUGGCGUGGCGAUGCCGGUUCCUCACCGCUCGACCGAGCCAGGAUGGCAGCGUCAUCGCCGAGAAAUGACUUAGUGAAGGAUUGUCGGGUGCACCCAACACACUGGUUGAUUUCCACACAGACUACUCGCCUUUAAAAUCAAGUACCCCGAAAACUUUUUCAUCCUGCGGGGCAACCACGAGUGCGCCUCGAUCAACAGAAUUUACGGCUUCUACGACGAAUGUAAAAGAAGGUACAACAUCAAGAUGUGGAAGACCUUCACGGACUGCUUCAACUGCCUGCCGGUGGCGGCCAUCGUCGACGAGAAGAUCUUCUGCUGCCACGGCGGCUUGAGUCCGGAAUUGCAGCAGCUCGACCAGAUCAAAAAGAUCGUGCGGCCGACGGACGUGCCGGACACGGGCCUGCUGUGCGAUCUGCUCUGGAGCGACCCGGACAAGGACAUGGUCGGCUGGGGCGAGAACGACCGCGGCGUCUCGUUCACGUUCGGCGAGGACAUCGUCGCGCAGUUCCUCCGCAAGAUGGACUUGGACCUGGUCUGCCGGGCGCACCAGGUCGUCGAGGACGGCUACGAGUUCUUCGCGCGAAGGCAGCUCGUCACGAUCUUCUCGGCGCCGAACUACUGCGGCGAGUUCGACAACGCGGGCGGCAUGAUGGCCGUCGACGAGACGCUCAUGUGCUCCUUCCAGAUCCUAAAGCCGGCAGAAAAAGCGAAGCGCCAGGCGCUCGCGGGCGUCGCGCAGCGGCCGGCGACGCCGCCGGCACGCAAGGGGCCCUGAGUUCCCCACCCAACAACACCGCUCCCGCCCGCGUCAGACGGAUGGGGGGCAUCUCGUGUAUACUCGUACUUCUACUACC